AGUUUAGUAUGGACAUCUGUGGGUAAUUCUCAUCUUCUGUAAUACACAUUCGAUCCGUAGAUGGCGUUUAUACAAUAUUUCGUCGAAUACACGUGAAAUUGCCUUGUCUGAAAAGUGUCAUUCACACGAAAGAAAAAUUAAACAAGAAAUAUCAUCCUUUGAAGUUGAGUUUUUUUUUACUAACGUCCAAGAUGAAUAUCGUCUGCACUAUAUGUCGCGAUAAUUUCAUACAAUCCGAUGACAUUUCUGUAACUCGUUGUGGACAUAUAUUUCAUCUUAACUGCUUGUCACGAUGGCUUACAAGGUCGAACAGUUGUCCAGAAUGUCGUAAAAAAACCUCACAAGAAAAGAUUCAAAGACUUUAUGUUACAUUUGCGACUAAUGAAACCAAUAGCACUGAUAGUCUAUCCAUGCAAGAAAGGAUAGACAGUUUGAAAUUUCAAGUUUUGCUUAAUGAAAAAAACAUCAAAUAUUAUACCUCAAAGAAUGAAACCUUGGAGAAACAAAAUGCAGGCCUCAGACAAGAAGUACGGAAAGUAGAAAGUGAAAUGAAUAAAAAGAACUCCAAAAUUUAUCUUUUAAAGGAGCAGAUAAGAGAUCUGAAGGAAAAAUACACGGAACGUGAAAGUUUGAAACAUAAACUAUCACAAAAAGAAAAAGAAUUAGAAAAUUUACAAUAUUUAAAGAAGUUAUUAUAUGGUUCUGUUAUGGAAGCAGAAGAAUUAAUUGAGAGAACCGAUCGUGAUACUUUAGUUACUUAUAUAAAGGUUAUGAAAAGAGACAUGUCAAGAAAUGUAAAACGAUGGGAAUCGUUAUAUAAACAUAUUAAAAAUUGUAUAACUACAUUGAUGGAGGUUGAUACCUUAGAAGAUCAAUUUAAGAAAUCAGAAACUACAUUUGAUAAAAGUCCAGAUAAUGCGAAGAUCUUGCUAAGACAAAUGAAUGAAAUAAAAUACUUGAUAAUGGUCAGUUUAGAAGCAUGUCAACAUUUUGGUAUAAAAAGUUCAAUAUCUAACAGUCCAAAAAAGUUGAGUGAAAAUUCUCUCAGUGAUGUAGAAGAAGUAAAAAUGGUUUCUAACAAGACUUGUACAAAGCAAGAAACUGGAAGUUUGGAUAUAUCCUUAAGUGUAGAAACUGAAGAAGCAGUUUCCAGCAUGGUAAAUUUUUUAAAUUUUCUAUUGACCAACACAAGACAGGAAAUUUUGGACAACUCAUGGUUAGACAUACUAAGUAAAAACCAGAAUAAAAGCCAGGAUAGGAACCAGGAUAAAUGCCCAAUUUCUAAAAAAAGGGCGAAAUUAUCGUUAUUAGAGAAACUAAUCAGUGAAUAGUGGUGAUGAAACGUAUGAGAUGAAUGAGGUUGUGGAAGCACAUGGUAGAAGAUAUGUAAAGAUAAGUAUACGAUCAAAAUAUAAAUAAAAAUGUUACUUUAGAACGACUUACUGUGUCGAAAAAAAUUAAUGUCGAACUAUAGUCAAUAUUUGCAAUUAAUUCGGAAUCGUUUGA